UUGAAAUACAACGCGCUUAUUGUGGCUGUAUCAGCGGAAGGAUGUGGACAAAGGUACAACAAGCUGGUUCCUGAAAAAGAAAAGGAUUAAGCAGUCUGAUACAGGGGAUUUUCAACCCAGAAAUUCUUCAUUUCUGAAAAGUGUCAAGCCCAUCAUGGAGACUGCUGUGCUUGGUCUCCAGAGCUUAUAUGAUAAGCUGAGGAAUCAAGUUGACCUUCUCAAUGAGAACAUUGAACCCAACUUCAUCCAGAUGGCCCAAAAUUUUGAGGACUGCCGCCGCAGAUGGCUGAGGGCAGAGCAAGAGCUGGGCUCUUGCAAAGAGACUCUCACCAAAACAGAGACGGAGAGGGGAGCCCUGGAGGUCAAACUGAAACACGCUCGCAACCAAGUGGACGUGGAGAUCAGACGCAGGCAGAAGGCUGAGGCUGAUUGUGAGAAGUUGGACCGUCAGAUUCAGUUGAUUCGGGAUCUCCUGACCAGUGAAGGAUCCAGUAACAGCAUCCAGCUGAGUGCAGAGCAGCGCUCCGCUUUGGCCUUCCUGAACACAAACUGUCAGCCGGCUGCCAACAUCAACACCAGCCGAAGACUGACAACAAUAGAUGAGUCAGCCUCCAUCUUGUCAGAUAUCAGCUAUGACAAAACUGAUGACUCACUUGAUUGGGACUCCUCCACUGUGAGGACAGUGCGACUCAAGAAAAGAGAGAAAAGGCGCUCCUCAAGAAACCAUGUUGACGGCCCUCCAAUGGCCUCCAAACGCUCUCGAUCAACAGGCAGAACCUCUGGCCAGGGAGCUGAGACACUUGUGACAAAGACCACAGUGACUGUUCCCCCUAAUGGAGGGCCUGUCGAGGCUGUGUCUACCAUAGAGACUGUUCCGUACUGGACUCGCAGCAGGAGAAAGACUGCUGCCAUGGACUGGGACUCUGAAUCUGUCCAGUCUGAGGAUGUGUUCAAGCAGCCUGUCAACCCUGACGCCGAGAUAAAAGCUCAGCCCAGCACUCCACAGAGCCAAGGAGGUGUCCGUCACCAUGAGUUUGUCUCUAAAACUGUCAUAAAGCCUGAGUCUUGUGUACCCUGUGGGAAGAGGAUCAAGUUUGGGAAGCUCUCACUGAAGUGCAGAGACUGCCGGGUGGUCUCUCACCCCGAGUGUCGGGAUCGUUGUCCUCUGCCGUGCAUCCCCAACCUGGGUGCUACACCUGUCAAAAUCGGAGAGGGUGUGCUUGCAGACUACGUCCCAGAGUCCUCUCCCAUGAUUCCUCCUCUUGUUGUCCACUGUGUCAGUGAGAUUGAGCAAAGGGGCCUGCAUGAGGCUGGUCUAUACCGUCUCUCUGGUGUUGAUCGCACAGUGAAGGAGCUGAAGGAAAAGUUUCUCCGCAGUAAAACAGUCCCUGUGCUCAGCAAGGUGGACGAUAUCCACGCCAUCACCGGCCUCCUCAAAGACUUCCUGAGGAACCUGAAAGAGCCUCUUCUCACCUUCCGCCUCAACCGUCCUUUUAUGGAAGCCGCAGAGGUUUCUGACGACGACAACAGCAUCGCUCUGAUGUACCAAACCAUCAGUGACCUGCCACUGGCCAACAGAGACACUUUGGCUUUCCUCGUCCUUCACCUGCAGAGAGUUGCUGACAGUUUGGACACUAAGAUGGACAUCAGUAACUUGGCUCGAGUGUUUGGUCCUACUAUUGUGGGUCAUGCAAUUCCAAACCCGGACCCCAUGACAAUCCUGCAGGACACCAAAAGACAACCUAAGGUCGUGGAGCGUCUGUUGGCUCUGCCAGCGGAUUACUGGAGCCAGUUUGUGAUGGCGAAAAGCGAACAGCCCAACCUGGACCACCUGAUCAUCGAGAACGCAAACUGCUACGCCACCCCUGAGAGAAUGAGCAUGCUGGGACCUCUGACCACUCCAGAGCACCAGCUCAAUAAAACCCCCUCCUCCAGCUCCUUGUCUCAGCGCAUGAAGUCCACUCUGACACCGAGAUUUGGGAGCAAAAGCAAAUCUGCAGUUGGAUUUCCGAGCCAUGGCAAAUUCUUUUCAUCUCCACUCCUGAAAUGAACCAAAGCAGUUAUAUAUAUAUAACCCUUUAUCAUACCGCUAUAACAUCUAUUUAACCAUUAUAUCAUAACACAUAACAUGGUACUGCUUUGACAAUAGAUUUAAAAACCUCAUUUUUAGUCUUCCGUCCUAUAACCGUUUUAAUGUCACAAUCCUAAGAGUUGUAUUUUGCUUAUUUUAUGUGUUUGUGGAAGAUUUUUUAACCGUAUAGGUGCUUUUCUGAACUAUGCAUACACAUGUCUGUAGAGACAAAGCUUUUGUCUUUCUCAUUUUGCCUCAAAACGGGUGAAAAUGUUCUUCAUAGGGACCUUUUUUGAAGAAUGUGUGCAUAGGUUAAAAUAUGUUUAGUUUUAUUGUGACUUGAUGCUCAAAUUUAAUCAUUUCUUUAGACAAUUUUUCAACUCAUGUGUCACUCAGAAGUUGAAAAAUUGAUUCUUUGGCAUUUCAUUGAAGUGUGUAACUGAAUGUGUGAUUGUGUAAUAUAAUCCUUUUAGUUGUUUGCUUUUCAUUUCAUUUCUGUUUUGAUUCCACCACUCCUACUCCUUGUGAUGUAAAUAUUUAAAACUCCUUAAACUCUAUUCUCAAUCUGUAAUCUAGAAAUAGAAGUUUUAAGACCUUUAUGGCAGCUGUUUACCAUCUGCAAGAUCUUAUUUGCCAUCCUCUGCAAGCUUGUAAAGUUUUAAUGGUUUUGGUGAUCUUGCAAAUCUUUUCUUUCCCCUGUGUACCAAACUCUGCCAACAAUCAUUAGGAAAACUAUUCACUGCUUUGUGUCAGGCUAUUAUCUUUCAAUGAGGGAAAUGAUCUCAGUGUUAUAGCUCUAAUGUUUGUACUUUGGGAGGAUCCUUUGAAGUAAUGCCAUUGCAAAAAGGCAAUUAAAUUAGAAGAUUGGUGACUUCAGUUACUGCUUCAUUAUUUGAUAGCAUUUAGCAUUAAUUUUGUACACUACUAUACACUUUGAAAUUCAUGUAAAUUAUAAAAAUACAUUUCCUACUCCAA